GCUCGACAGCUCUCCGAGGCAACCGAAUGCUCGGCCUCCUCGCCAGCUCGCUGCUCACGCGGCAUGGCUCCUCGGAGGCGCCGCCGCAGCGUGCGCCUCGCAUCGGCCACCAGCUCGCUCCGGCGCCGCUGCUCGCCUCGCUGCGCGGCAGGAGCGCCGCCAGCGGCGGCACAGCCACCGCAGCAGUGAGGCUCCUGUCGUCACAAGAGCCGGCAACGUCGGAGCGGCAGCACCGCCGCCGUCCGUGGCGCCGCCGCGGCGCCGCUGCCGGAGCGCGCCAGUUCAGCGGGCUCGAUGACGUUCCGUUCGGGCCGGGCCGCGUGAUUACCGUCUCGGCAGACAGCCGGUCCAUGGCUGGCGGGCCGGCGGCGCGGCGCGUGGUGGAGGUGUCGCGGCCGGGCCGCCGCGACGAGAGCCGCGCCCUGGCCACCCGCUCCGCCGCCGCCGCGGGCAAGAAGCGCGUGCUCAUCCUCAUCUCGGACACGGGUGGCGGGCACCGCGCGUCGGCAGAGGCGCUCGAGGCGGCGAUGGAGCGGGAGGCGCCGGGCAGACUGGACGUGGCGAUCGUGGACGUGUGGACGCAGUAUGGCGCCUUCCCGUUCAACAAGUUUGUCCCGUCCUACCGCCUCGCCGCCAAGUACCCAAACGUGCUCUGGCGCUCGUGCUACUUUGCAACCUCCUUCCCGCCCCUGAUGGCGGCGCUCAACCUGCAGCACCGGCUCACUUGCUCGCGCGGCUUCGCUCAGCACGUCCCCCUCUCCGUCCUCGCGCGAUUCGACGAGAAGAGGAGACGCCGGGUGCCGUUCGCCACGGUUGUGACCGACCUCGGCUCCGCGCACCGCACGUGGUUCGACAAGCGCGUCGACGCGUGCUUCGUCCCCUCGGACGCCGUGCGCCAGCUAGCCGGCCGGCAGCUCGCCGCCGAGCUACAGCUGUCGACUGACCGCAAGACGGUCCUCAUCGUGGGCGGCGGCGACGGCGUUGGCUCGCUCGAGGGCAUCGUCAAGUCGCUCGCGAGCGAGGCCGGCAAGAAGUGCCCCGGAGAGACGCAGCUCGUCGUCGUCUGCGGCAAGAACGCGCGCCUGCAGCACAAGCUGGAGCGGCAGCGGUGGGAGGGCGUCGACGUGUGCGCGCGCGGCUUCACCAGCCGCAUGUCCGACUACAUGGAGGUCGCGGAUUGCAUCGUCACCAAGGCCGGCCCCGGCACGGUCGCUGAGGCCGCGAUCCGAGGCUUGCCCACCAUGCUCUCCUCCUUCCUCCCCGGCCAAGAGGCGGGCAACGUGCCGUUCGUCGUCGAGUCGGGCUUCGGCGAGUACUCGGCCAACCCUCGCAAGAUCGCGCUCACCGUCACAGGCUGGCUGCAGGACGCGACCAAGCUCGAGGCGAUGAGCGAGGCGGCGGCGCGCGCGGGCCAGCCUCACUCGAGCGGCACGAUCGCGAUCGCAAGCGACUUGCAGUAUGAGAAGCCGACCGUGGAGCGACUGCGGCACGGCGAUGCGGAAGCCUUCCGCUUUGACCGCUACCAGUCUCCGGCGGCCGUCAAGGCCGCCUUCGACGGAUGCCGCUCCCGCCGCUCGUUCCGGACGCACGAGGCAAGCGACGGCCGGCGGGGGCUUGUCAGCUCGACGCGGCUGGGCGGCGACUGGGUGCUGGCCGAGUCGGAGCAGCUUGCGCCGGCAUGCACGGCGGAGGAGGUGCUGCGCGCGUACCUGACCGGCUCGCUCCAAAAGGAGUGGAACGCCGACAAGGUCUCUCGCGUGGCCUUCUCGCGAGCGGCGUCGCCGGAGCGCGGCAGGUACUACCGCCAGGACAUCGAGCUGCGGUCCGUCCGCGUGAUUCGGAGCCGCACUGGCCCGAUGAGCUACAGCCAGACUAUCUCCGUCGACAAGGCGCGCAAGCCCUUCGAGGCGCUCUCGGUGUACGUCGGUCUGCAGCAGGUCGGGCCGGACGUGCGCAUCUACGCGGCGGGCGUCUUCCGUGUCAACCGGCGGGUGGUGCCCAACUUGGUUGUGUUUGAUGCGAGCGGCAUCGCGGGCGACAUGGCCGGCAAGGGGACGCUCUGGCUCGCCGGACACUUCGAGAGGAGGAGGGUCGCCGCCGCGGCAGCAGCGGUGGCGCGGGAGGCGCGUGGCGGCGCCGGCGGGGCUGCCAGCCGGCGCUGGGCGGGCGCCGUGCGCUUCCUGCGCGGUCGCGUCAACGGAGGAGCGGCAUCGAGCGAGGGAGAAUGCGGGAGGAGGACGUAG